GGGGGAACGGUCGGGACUUUUGGGCACUAAGUCGUCGGAUCUCUGGGGCGAUCUUCGAGCCUCCUCGAUCCCCGCUCGCCUCGCCGCCCUCCCCUUGCCGCCCCGGCUCGAUCGCCAGCAUUCGGCGCGGCACUCCCAGUCGCCAUAGCGACUGUUCGCCCUGUCCGCCGCGCGCCAGCGCCAACGCAGCCCCUUAACAUAGGCAUGUUCCCGAAAGCGAGCCUGGCGCUGGUGCUGGUCGCGAGCCUCAUCGCCGGGAGCGCCGCCUCCCGCAGGAACAGCACCGCCGUCCACGCGAAGAUCGCGUCCAAGGGGUCAAGCGAGGCCACCGCGGCCGUCGCUGCCAUCAACGCCGUGGAGCAGGCCCUCGCCAAGCUGACGUCCAACCCUCGGAUGAGCCCAGAGAUGGUCGGCGCCGCCAAGAAGGUGACGCAGGAGGCGGAGCAGGCCGCGAAAGAGAUCGAGUCGGUGAACACCUCGAAGGCCGAGAAGAUGAAACUCGUUGGCCACGCCAUCACGUCGCUGCAGAGCCUCCAGGGGACGUGGGAGAAGGCAGCCAAGGACGCCCUCGCGAACGAGAAGGCGGCCGAGGAUAAGGAGACUAGCGCGGCGGCGCGCAUCGCGGUGCUGAAGGAGAAGUUGGAGCAGAAAAAGGCAAUGUUGGCCAAGGACGAGACCAUGCUGAAGGAGGCCCAGGUGCAGAAGCAGCUCCUCGAGAGGGCGGAGCAGGCGGAGGGCGGUUCCCGGGAGGAGGCGCGGCAGCAGGGGGCCGAGCUGGCCAGCCUCGAAGCCAUGGCCAAGACCAUGUCUGCGGCGCCAAAGGCUGAGGACAAGGAGCACGUGCAGGCGCAUUCGAAGGUGCCAGCGUCCCUGGAGCACGUCGUGGCCGACUUGCGAUCCCGCGCCAAGAACCUCACCGCGGCCCUGGAGCGCCUGGACACUGAGGAGAAGGAUCGCGAGGCCGAGCUGGAGAAGGUGGCGAACAAGCAGGUGCCCACGCAGGGCCAGAAGGACGCCAUCCAGCAGGGCCAGAAGGUGCUCACCAUGCUGAAGAAACAGGCUUGGUAUCGCUCGGACGUGUGCACUUUUUCUCGGCGGGGAUCAUUGAUUAGCAUCCUGGAUCAUCCUGCGAAAAAGCCACGCACGAAACUGAAAAAAACACAGGGAAUGGACGUCCGAGCGAUGGCCAGCAGGCGAAGCGGAGCUACAAGAAGGCCCGCGCCGUGAAGGCCGCGGAGCUGGCCGAGCUGAACGAGGCGAUCGGGAGCAUCGAGAAGGGCGACGUGAAGGCGCUGUCGAAGCUGAUGGCGAAGAUGCAGCACGAGACCAAGCAGCUCAGCGCAAAGUCCAAGAACUUCCUGUACUGAGAUCGGAGGAGGGCGGGUUGAGGCAAGUGUAAGUGAUUGGCCUUCGGGAUGUGGCCAUCGUCGCCACGGUUAGGCGCAGUUCGGAAAAUCGGUGCGUUUGAUCCCGAGGAGGUGUCCAGGGGCCAAUGUUUAACUGCCGUUGUCUCAGCUCGCCCAGCGCAUGCCGUGACGCCCCCGAGGCCCUCGAGGUACUCCCGCCGACGGUGCGCAGGCAUCUCGCGGCGCAUGCUGGCAGCGCUUGAGCUCAGUGCGCAGGCGCGUGCUCAGAGCUUCGUGGCGCUCUCGCCUACAGGAGAGCGCCCACGCCCCCAGCGCUCGAGUUCAGUGCGCAGGCAUCAUGUGGACGCCAGCUCAGCCAUUGCCGCAGGUUGAAGUCAAACCCGGCCAUGGUGACGUAUCGUCAGACACCUACGUAUGUUGUGUCCUUUUCCCUCCUUGGCAGCUGGGUGCGCCUAGCAGGGGAUGCCGCAGGGACGGCUCGACAGAUGUGACCAUCAGGAAGGCCGAGGACUUGGAUACGUAAGUCGCUCCCGGGCGUUUCGGAACGCUCUCAGAGCGUUCUGGAAUUUUCUGGAACGGCCGCUGCGCCCGAGACGUUGUCAAACCUGCUGGCUCUCAGAGAUCCCCGACUUACAAUCGCCAUCAUUCAUCUUC